AUGGAAACCCCUUUAAUAUCCUCCCUUCGAAUUAGUGUUGAAAAGACAAAGGGGAAACUAUUCGCCUCAAGUUUUGACCCCUACUCUUUUGUAUGUCCUUCUGCUUAUGACACUGCAUGGUUAGCAAUGAUACCUCAUACCCAUAACCCUUUCCAACCCAUGUUCAAAAAUUGCUUAGACUGGAUCCUCAACAACCAAAACCAAGAAGGGUUUUGGGGUGAGUGUGAUGCCUUUGGCAAACCCACCUUGGAAUCGCUUCCUGCAACUCUUGCUUCCAUGAUUGCACUCAAAAAGUGGAACACCGGUGCAAUUGUGAUAGACAGAGGUUUGGAAUUCAUUGAAGCAAAUACUGAGAAGCUGCUAAAGGAAAUGGAUAAUGAUUUCCCACGAUGGUUUACUAUUGUUUUCCCUGCCAUGGUUGAACUUUCAAAGAGUGUUGGUUUAGAAAUUGUGUUCCCAGAUACAGUGACGGAGAGAGUGUCUAACAUCUUUCGCGAUCAGCAAAAUCUGCUUGACAAGGAGGAACUUGUUGGGCAGCAUUGCUUCCCAACAUUGUUAUUAUAUCUUGAAGCUUUGCCCCCUUCUUAUGCUGUGAGUGAAGAAUAUAUAUGUAGCGCUCUGGGUGAUGAUGGUUCACUAUUCCAAUCUCCUUCAGCUACUGCAAAAGCAUUCAUGGCUACUGGGAAAAUUGAGUGUCUGGCCUAUUUACAGUCCAUAAUUCAGAGAUGCCCCAAUGGAGUUCCACAGACAUAUCCAUUGGAUGAGGACCUCAUAAGGCUCUGCAUGGUAAACCAAUUACGAAGGUUAGGGUUGGCUGAGCACUUUGUUGAGGAGAUUGAAGAAAUGUUAACAAAAGUCUACAGGAACUAUGUGGACCAACUAGCGUGGAAAAAACCUACCAACAUGGUUACGGCUCAACUUCACAAAGACUCUUUGGCAUUUCAGCUCCUAAGGAUGCAUGGGUACAGAGUAUCGCCCUCAUUAAGCUUUGGUUGGUUUCUUGAAAAUGAAGAAAUAAGAGGACAAGUUGAAAAGGAACCGGAGUUAUUCUCAACGACAAUGCUUAACGUGUACAGAGCCUCGUGCAUCAUGUUUUGUGGUGAAUAUGAACUUGAGGAAGCUGAAUCUUUCUCGAGGAACCUGCUUCAGAAAUGGUCGGUGGCUAAAACUGAUGAAUCGCACGUGAAACUUUCACGAUUCCGAAAACUGGUUGAGCGUGAGUUAAAUAUUCCAUGGCUAGCUCGCCUAGAUCACUUAGAUCACAGGACAUGGAUAGAAGAAAGUGAAGCCAAUUUCCUGUGGAAGGGAAAGACCUCACAUGCAAGGAUUUCAUAUUUUCACAACGCUGAUCUGCUUGAUCUUGCCAUCCAUAAUUACGAGUUUAAGCAGUCAAUUUACAAAAAUGAGUUGGAGGAACUUAAGAGUUGGUCCCAAAACAAUGGUCUAGCAAACAUGGGAUUUGGCAGAGAGAAGACUACCUAUUGUUACUACGCUGUAGCAGCUGCCACUACCAUCCCACAUGACUCUUACAUAAGAACUUUAGUGGCAAAAAUUGCUAUAUUAAUCACAGUUGCUGAUGAUUUCUUUGACAUGAAAGGAUCUCGUAGUGAAUUGGAAGGCCUCACGGAUGCAGUUAAAAGAUGGGAUUCAAAGGGUUUGAGCAGCCACAGCAAAGUCAUAUUUGAUGCUCUUGAUAAUCUUGUGAGCGAAGCUGGUAGAAAAUAUCUCGAACAAGGGGGCACUCAUGACAUUAAAAAUACUUUACAAGAUCUAUGGUAUGAAGCUUUCGUUUCGUGGCUCAUGGAGGAAAAAUGGAAAGAAAAUGGGCACACACCAUCUACUGAUGAUUACCUUAACAUUGGCAUGAUCUCUAUUGCCGCACACACAAUUGUUCUUCCAGCUUCAUGUUUUCUUAAACCUGCCUUACCAUACGAGAAACUCAAGCCAGACCAAUAUGAAACCAUCACUAAACUGCUUAUGGUUAUUUGUCGUCUAUUAAAUGAUAUACAGAGCUAUGAGAAGGAAAUUGAAGAGGGAAAGUUGAAUUUUCUUUUGCUCAAAUUAAAGAGGGAGCCAAAUUUUGUAAUGGAAGAUGCAGUUGAUUUUGUGAGAGGCAUCAUUGACAAAAAGCAGAAAGAGUUCCUUCAACAAGUUCUAGUUGACGGCGAAAGUAAUUUGCCUAAGCCUAGCAAGCUGCUUCAUCUGACAUGCUUGAAAGUUUUUCAGAUGUUCUUCAACUCUAGUAAUGCAUUUGACUCCAAUACACAACUACUUGAGGAUAUCAAUAAGGCAAUCUAUCUUCCUCUAAGUAGAAACAUUAACACCCCCAAGAUUCUCUCUUUGCAUAAUUCAAGGCCAAAGAUGAAACGUACAAGUAUGCAAAAAUUUCAGUUUAGUUGGUCCUUUAAACCCAAGAACAGUAUUAGCUUUUUUGUGCAUCAAGUUUCUCCGCCUCCCUCAAGAAAUGGUUCUGGGAUGAUACCCGUCAACCCCAAAGCCUUAUUUCCAGCCUUUACCUAA